UCCGCGUUGCAUCUUGGGUAACCAAGUUUAUUGUGGUUGAGGAAAAAUGGCAGGCGUGCAGCCGCCACCCCUCCGCAGCCUGGACGAUUUUCUCCUUAAUUCGGCCCGGUUCGCUGUGCCCGACGUGCGCGACUUGGACCGCUGGAACAACCGCAUCAUCAACAACCUGCUGUACUACCAGAGUAACUAUCUCUUGUCCGCGUUAGGCUUCCUGCUGCUUGUGGGGUAUUUCCAUCCCCUCCAGUUGUGUGUCGGGGCGGUGGUGGUGACAUCACUGUUCCUGGGCUUCGUCUGGGCUGCAGAGAACCAAGCUCCUAUCCGUCGUUUCCGUAGAAACCACCCAUCAGCUUGCCUGCUGGCCAUUCUCCUGGCCAGUUACCUCUUCAUAUCAGUCCUGGGAGGCGUGGCUGUGUUCCUAUUUGGAAUCGCUUUUCCUGUGUUGAUGAUUCUGGUCCAUGCAUCAGUGAGACUGCGCAGCCUGAAGAACAAGCUGGAGAAUAAACUGGAGAGCAUUGGUUUGAAAAGGACACCCAUGGGACUCCUCUUGGAGGCCCUGGGACAGGAACAGGAGGCCGGAUCCUAAGGCUUAGGAGGAGGAGGAGGUCCAGAUGAGUGUAGGCCGUGGUGCCUCCAGUCUGAGGGAUCCAGAAUCAAAUAAAGACAUUUUAAGCAUCUCCUCCAUUCUACUUUAGAUGCCAGUGUUUACAGUCGGCUCCACGCCUUUUGGAGCUGACAAUGGACAAUGUUGUAUGAAGACAAAUGGAAAAUGCACUUGUUUAUUGUUCUCAUGUGCCAAAGUAUAGAAUAUGAAGGAAGAGAUGUUAUGUCAGCUGUGUUUCUACAAAUCCAGACAGAACUAAAUACACUGAAGCUGUUUGAUCAGUGGUGAAUAUGAACCAACUGCCUGUUGUGGGCAUCAUGCUUCGUGUUGAUCCUUGCAAACUUAAUCUAACUGAUGACAUUUCCAGACUCAUUUCUAUUCCUUGGAAGGCUUCACACAUCACUCAUUCCUGACCAUUCUUAAGUUUUAAUCAUAUUGUUUAAUAUGAACCCUAAACCUACUAUAAUUCCUUCUGUGUCUGACUGAUCCUGUGUUAUCUUUGCCUUAUUAGUCUGACAUAUGUAUGGAUGUGCACCUCAGGGGGCAGGAACUGUUCCUGUCCAUUACAAAAUGGUAAAAGACUUUUUAAUAUUUGAUUCACCAUCAUGUGUCUUGUUAUCACUUAUUUAAUUUUUUUCUGAAUAAAAAACUUGCUGAACUUUAAA